GAGACGUUUGGCGCAGCGGUCGAUAGCACAGAAAAGCAGGCCAAACGCUGUGAAAAAAAUACGAACAAGAAAGAAAGACGGCGAAAACCUCCAAAAAUCAGAUAUAAAAAACUUAUCUUCGAACUACGAAUACUUGAGGUUGUCAAUGAGCUUUUUCCCGGUUAAAAACUUCAAGAGUGUAUAGUGAAAAGUGAUUCCGCAAGGACUUGGCUAAGUGUUGUGGUACUCUAAGAAAUAAACUGAAAGUGUCCUGCGGUGUCGGAGUUUUGCAUUUGCCGUCGCUAAUUGUGCAGCUGACAGACGGCAAUCAGGAAGGAAAAACUUUUGCUCCUGCCGCCGGUUACGCUUCUCCUGCUUCGCACUUCAUCCAAAUCCAAAUCCGUAUCCGAAUCCCGGGAAAUUGUCCGCCUGCGAGGCUUCAAGCUGGGCGAUUACCGCAAAAUGACACGUGUCAGGCGCAUUGUGCGCUUGGCCUAAAAGUAUGCUGCAUCAUUAGUGUCUCAACAACGGACACAACAACAACAACAACAACAACAACAACUACACCAACGCCUGCGACUACAAUUACACCAACGAGACAAAGGAUGAACUGGGCUGGCUGCAGCUGGGAAAACUGAAAAUGCACGCUCAUUAGGAGGAAACAGACGCGGCGAGCGGGAAAAGCCAACAGCAAAAGCGCAUUGCGAGUUCCUAAGUCAAACGCCAAACGCCGAAAAAACAACGCCCUGCCAUAAUUAGCAACAACAAGCAGCAGAGUGUUACUUGGGGUGGCCAACGGCAGGCGGAAGGCGGAAGGACAUCUGGCACAUGUCAAGGACGAGCUCCAGAGUAAUUCGCGAAGGCAUGGUAGCCAUGGGUAGUAACUCCAGUUAUCUCGAGCCCCACAAGACGCCCAAGGCGGACGCAGCGAGUUGAUUUUCAGAACUAGACAAAUUGGCAGAGCUCGCAAUUUAUCGCCGGGGAAACUGAUAGAUUCGAUUAGCAGUCUAGCAAGCAUAAAGCCAGCGGACCACAGAGACAACAGCCGGCGGCUUCUUUAAUUUGUCAACCAAACACCGAAUACCAACCUCCUAAAAACCAAACACCACCCACCAGCUACCGCCCAUCGGACUUCCGCUAAAUCCAUAAGCCGUAAGCCCACAAACAUCGAGUCAUGCCGGAGCAGGAUAAUUACGAUGAUGAGUUGGUCUCCAGCAAUCCCAACCAACGGAACUGGCGCGGAAUCCUCAUCGCGCUGCUGGUCAUCAUCAUUGUCCUGGCCCUGAUUGUUACAUCGGUGGUGCUGCUCACGCCCCCCGAUGAGGGACCGCGGGUCAAGGGGCAGCGCAUCAAGCUGCAGGACAUCGUCGAUGGCCUCUUCGUGCCGCAGCACUCCAACGCCAGCUGGAUCGAUGGCGAGGAGUUCCUGUACCAGGACCAUUUGGGUCGCAUCUGUCUGCUGAAUGCAGCCAAUCGCUCGGAACGUGUCCUCAUGUCCAAUGUGACAUUUAAAACCCUUUCACCCUACCAUUUCACCAUAUCGGCGGACAAGCGCUAUCUGCUCCUGGCCCAGAAUGUUGUGAAACUAUUCCGGCACUCGUACUUGGCCCAGUACACGCUCUACGACAUUCAGACCAGCGAGAGCAUCAAGCUGCGCCACAGUCCGCACCAGGAUGAAUGGCCCUAUCUGCACUACGCGCAAUUUACGCCAGCUGGAAACGCACUUGUCUGGGUCCAGAGCUACGAUAUCUAUUACCGGGAGGAGGUCCGCAGUGCGUCCGUGCAUCGGAUUACCCACGAUGGGGUGCCCGGAGUGGUGUACAACGGCAUACCCGAUUGGCUCUACGAAGAGGAGUUGCUUCGUGCAAAUAAUGCGAUUUGGAUGUCCGACAACGGCCAACUGAUGCUGUACGCCACCUUCAACGACACGCACGUCCAGGAGCAGCACUUCGCCUGGUACGGCACGACGGGUCCGUCCGGCGGAGAGGCAGCAGCUGCAGCGGCAGUCGGCGCUGGAGGAUCGGGAGGGGGGAGUGCAGGAGCCGCCAGCGGCAGCAAUCCGCAUGCCAGCCUGUAUCCGGAAAUCAGGUCCUUACGCUAUCCCAAGCCAGGCACACAGAAUCCCACGGUAACCCUACGAGUGGCUGACCUGAAGGACCCGCUGAAAGUUCACAUCACAGACCUGCAUCCGCCGCAAAUAAUAGCUAAUGAAGAUCACUACUUCAGCAGCGCCAGCUGGGUGAGUCACUCGAAGAUCGCAGUGGUGUGGCUCAAUCGUCCGCAGAACAUCUCGGUGGUCAGUGUGUGCAAGGCUCCUUCGUUCCAGUGCAUCGAGACCCACCGGGUGAGUGGGGAUGGACGUGGAUGGGUGGACACUGUCGCAGUGCCACUGUUUGCCGCCAAUGCCAGCAUCUACGUGGCCAUAUCCCCGCUGCGAGAUGGACUGUUUGGCUAUUUCCGGCACAUUGUGCACGUGGACAUCGACAAGAACCGGGUGCUGCCCCUCACCCAUGGGCCGUACGAAGUGAAUCGAUUGCUGCACUGGGAUCAGCUGGAUAAUUGGAUUUACUUCCUGGGAACUCCGGAGCGUCUUCCGUCGCAGCAGCAUCUGUAUCGCGUAUCCGCCCUGCCAGCCCGCCAAGGUCAAGCCCUGCGUGCUCCCGACUGUCUGACGUGUCCGGCGGUGUCGCAGUUAGCCGAGGGCUACGACGAAGGUCACACCAAGUCGCCACCCAAGUUGGUCACCGCCUGGGACGAUGACUGGGAGGAUUCUGAGGAAGCGGAGGCGCAACAGCCCCAGUCAGCUCUGCCUGUGGAGCAACAGCCUCCGGGGCGGGGUCAAAGUGCUCCACUGCCACCGCCUCCCAGUGAUUGCCUGUACCACGAGGCGAAGUUUCCAAUCUCGCGGCAGGCGAAGUACGUACUAAUCGAUUGCCUGGGUCCAGUGGUGCCCACUUCCAUACUCUACGGCUUGAAGUCCGUCGCUGCGGACAGUGCCAAAACGAAACGACACAGCACCCAGCAGGAGGAACCACCCACGGAGGGUGGUGUUGAGAAAGCAGAGGACGAGCCCAAGUCUCAGUACCUGGAACUGCUGGUCAUCGUGCAGAACAACACCCGGUUGAAGGAGAAGAUGGCCAAGACGGCCAUGCCGCAGAUCAAGACCUUUCCCGUGAUGAUCUCCGGCGGCUAUCAUGCCCAGGUGCGACUAUACUUACCACCUGUGCUGCGCGAAGACGAGAUAACACGUUAUCCCACCAUACUGCAUGUGUACUCGGGUCCGGGCAGCCAGUUGGUCACCGAUCACUGGCACGUCGAUUGGAACACCUAUCUGUCCGGCAGCAAGGAUUACAUUGUCGUGGAGAUCGACGGACGGGGAUCUGCCGGACAGGGCUACCAGCUGCUCCACGAGGUCUACAAGCGUCUGGGCAGCGUGGAGGUCUCCGAUCAACUGGAGGUCAGCGAGUACCUCAGGGACAACCUGCACUUCAUCGAUUCACGUCGAAUGGGCGUCUGGGGCUGGAGCUACGGAGGAUACACAGCUGCACUGGCCCUGGCCGGACAACAGUCGAUUUUCCAGUGCGGGAUCAGCGUGUCACCCGUCACCAACUGGAAGUUGUAUGACUCCACGUAUGCGGAACGCUAUUUGAGUUUCCCCAACGUGACGGACAACUACAAGGGCUACGAGGAGAGUGACCUGUCCAAGUACGUGGACAAUCUGCGCGACCGCCAGUUCCUGCUGGUCCACGGAACCGCCGACGACAAUGUGCACGUGCAGCAAUCGAUGGUCCUGGCCCGAUCCCUGACCAGCAAGGGAGUGCUCUAUAAGCAGCAGAUAUAUCCGGAUGAGGGCCACAGCCUUUCGGGGGUUAAGCGGCACUUGUACCGCUCGAUGACCGCCUUCUUUGAGGAUUGUUUCAAGAAACUGAUCGAUCAGCAACAACAAAAUCAAACAGAUUCCAUGGAUUUCCUGGACUUUCAUAGUUUCUAUGGCCGCUAAGUUUGAUUCCAUAUCCCACAUCCUUCAGAUACUAAUACUAGGUGCCGCCGGAAUCGAAAGUUGGUCUGGGGAAUGGCGGCGAUAUGCAACAGCAAUAAACUUGAAUUAUGGCAGCAGGAAUUCUGAUAACAAAAGUAUGGAACACCACAAACUUCGACCGGAACGUGCGAACGAAAUGUUUUUUUGUAAAUUGCAUUCAAUGUGAUUUAUCAUAAACACACCCACGACACUCACACACAGAACGCGGCUAAAUGGCAACUCAAAUAGCCAAAUGGCGGCGAAAACGGCAAAAAAACAACUUAGUUAAAUGGCAUUUUGUGUAAAAUUAAUAAGCAAAGCAGUUGCAGCAGCAGCGACAGCGAAAUGUGAAAUACGAAAUGCGAAAUGCCAAGUAAGUGUGCCCAAAAAGGAGCAUAAACAAACAAAUGUACAUGUAUGCGGACAAAAUCAACAUGGUUGUGAAAACGUAACUCACACACACACACACGCACACAGACCCCGACUCAAACAGACACACACACACACACACACACACACGGACACGCAGAGAGAGAGCGCACAAAGGUAGGCAAUAAAAAUUUACACAUGCGGCUUUUCUCCGGUGACAGGUGUGACAUUUCAAUGCCCUCGCGAAAGGUCCCUUCAUUACGGCAAACACUCUGCCGAAUUCUUAACUAGUCCGCAUUUGUUGCAUAAUUAAUUUCUGCGCUACGUCAGUGAAAUUAUGUUUUCAAAUAAUUUGAUUUACAAGCAAUAUAUCAAUAUCAAUAACAAAUAUUUUCACUUGAGUUUGUAAGCUGGUAUUUAGACAGUCGGCUUGUCAAGGCAGCACUUUCGGUUUGAAUUACUUUUUCAUUUCGUUGGAAUUUAUGCAUAUUUUGCAUAAAUUCCCAAUGAAGAGCAAACAGAAAUAAAAUUGAAAAGCAAAUUUAUUGAAAACGCUACACGUGAACCAGCUGAACUUCGUGCCGCUCUGCUUGAACGGAAAUGGCCAGCAUAAAUCAAAUCUGACAACAUUCUAAAUGACAUUUUCUGAUAGUCGAACGGUUUUAUCGUUUGCCAAGGGAAAGUUUUCCAAAAUGUGUAAUGGCUCACUGGGGGGGGCCGGAUAGUGACCCAUAAAUUGCGACUGAAUUUAUGAACUUGGCUCAUAAUUGAGUCUGGAUUUGCAAGCCGUUGACAGAACGCAUGAUUGAAGUGAGAAUUUGUGUACUAAACUCAUUACGAGUUUAAAUGUGAAUUCAAUUUGAAUAACAUUAGUCUCUGUCUGCAUAGAUUGAAUUACGUUUUUAAUUUGAUUUUGGUUACUCAUAAAUUUGAUCAUCAAAUUUACUGCCCAAACAGAAAGGAAAUAAAACUGAAUAAUGGCCGAGCGAGGAGAGAAGCCUCAGUUGGGAAGUUUAAUUAAAUCAAACGAAAUAAAAACGCAGCCAUAAACAAAGCAUAAAUAUUUGAAUUGAGAUAAAUGAAACAAACCAGCGACUCAAACAAUUGCAUAAAAGUGCUUUCGAACGAAUCCAAUUGAAUUUCCAGAAAGCAAAAAAAAAGGAAAACUACCAAAUGGCCAAAGUAAAUUGAUUACACGAACGGAGGAUUCAAUGUGAAAAUGAACAAAUUAUAAAUCAAACAAACCAAUUAAAUAGAAUAACUGCAUGUAAGUAGCGCAAUAAUAUUUAAUAUAAAUUUACGACUUUUUGUUCAAUUUCAUUAGCUGAACAAAUCGAGUUUAGUGGCAGUAGAGUAGCGUUAGUCGGUAUCCAAACUAAAACCAAGUAAAACUAGUUGAAUAAGCCAAAGUGAACUAAAACGAUAAACAGAGAUGAGAAAAAGGUCAAAAAUAGCUGCGAUACACAUUAAACAUAAAGAUGCCACAAAAGCAAAGCUCAAUAUGUAUGAAACACAAAAAACAAACUGAAAGAAGAAAGCAAAUGACACCGCAUCGCAUAUUCCGCAAAAAUCUCCAUUAUCCCAACCCUUUUCCCACUGAAGUAGCAGUAUGCAAAAAAAGGAUUAUCCUUAAUUAGACAUUUGGCACACUUUUUUGAGAGCGGCAGUUAAUUAGCAACCGCCGCCAAACUGCGGCUCUUGCUUCUGAUGGCUGAACAGGAUGUUUUCCCGAGAGUUUUAGAACACUGGGGUGAUUCACUUAUGAGUAUCAUAAGCGUAAAAAUCGCAAAAAUUCUGGUGAAAUAGGGUUACUUUGAAUAGCGUAAAAUCUUUAUUUAAUAAGUCAUUAAAAAUCCGUAUUCCCAUUUUAACUUUACUAAUUCCAAUGGUGUUUGUAAGGAACUACCUUCGUAAUCCUGCAAACUCAUUUUAUGUGACAGCUAAUUGGCAAACAAGUAUUCUGGCAUAUAAUCGCUACUCUAUAUCGCGCUAAAUUCCUAUAAAUAUAAAUGUGUGUAUGCUUUAACGCUCUUUGCAGCGUGUAGCAAAAGCAAAUCCCAGCUGGAUAGAGUUUCCCCAACUUUGGGGGCAAUUUUAAUAAUAAAGCCGCGUUGGCCGCAAAGUAUGCUACACAAAAUAUAAACUCGUCCUUGCGCCGCAACCCCUUUUUCCACUCCCAUGCUCACUGCCACUUCCCCCCACCUGAGCACAGGUAGGCAAGGCAGGAGGCAGUGAUGUGUGCUGGUGUUGGAAAAUUGCAAGCCAACAUAAAUUUAUGUCUGCCUGACACUUUUAUGUGCCUCGCUGGCGGUUUCAGCUUUUUACGUCGCGUUUUUAGACGCCAGCAGAACGCAUGCCAAUGUUUGGCUAAGCCGCAGGUUUUCCUCUCCGCAAUUAACGCACACAGCUGCCGCCGCCCACCUGGCCAGUGGGCGUGGCAGGAGACGUGUGUCUGUGUGAAGGCGCUUAUUUUUAGACCGAAAGGUCGCCUCUGAGAGGGACUGUAAAAGGCCAGCUGCUGCUCCACACCCACUUCCACUUCCACUUCCACUACCACUACCAUUCCAAUCCAACUGGCCCACAUGCACACAAACACAAAACAGAGGAUACAGGUGUUUGCCCUAACAAUCCGAGAUGAAGCCAUAAGUGCGAUGCUGUGUCAGCGAGCUAUGGAAAUUGAAAAGGGCUCGAAGACAAAGGGAAACCCGGAAACAAAAACAUUUAAAUGCUUUUUAUGUAGUGUACUAAGGACCAAUUACCGAUGUGGGGAGUGUGAAAGUAAUUAAAAAAUAAAAUUAUAUAUACAAAUUACGAAAAUGUAGCAACGCGCGGUAGACGAUUAACAAAAUUUGCAAUAUAUAUACAUAGAGACACACAUUCGACAUAAUGAAUAUUGACUCAAAUACCAUUUAGUAAUUAUACAAGCAUAUAUAUACCUAACGAUAUACACAAGAAAUCAAAUUAAUAUGUAUACACAUGCGAAUAUGGUAGUUUAGUUCAUCUAGUGGAUCAAGCGUUUGCAUUAUUCGAGUUACAACCUAUGAAAACCAAAGAAAAACCAAAGAAAAACCA